GGAUCCGGGAGAAGGGAGCAGCGAGCGGGCGGCAGGCACCGUCUGUGCGCGGAGCAGGCGAGCCGAGCCGGCGAGCGGGAAGACGCAGCCACCUUCCUCACCAGCCAGCCCACAGCGGUUUGUGCCCUUUCGCGGGAGUGCGCCAAUGCCUGGGCCGACCCAAACCCUGUCCCCAAAUGGCGAGAACAACAACGACAUCAUCCAGGAUAACGGGACCAUCAUUCCUUUCCGGAAGCACACAGUGCGCGGGGAGCGUUCCUACAGUUGGGGAAUGGCAGUCAAUGUGUAUUCUACCUCGAUAACCCAAGAGACUAUGAGCAGACAUGACAUCAUUGCAUGGGUUAAUGACAUAGUAUCUUUAAACUACACAAAAGUGGAACAGCUUUGUUCAGGAGCAGCCUAUUGCCAGUUCAUGGACAUGCUUUUUCCAGGCUGCAUUAGUUUGAAGAAAGUAAAAUUUCAAGCAAAAUUGGAGCAUGAGUAUAUUCACAAUUUUAAACUUCUGCAAGCAUCGUUUAAGCGAAUGAACGUUGAUAAGGUAAUUCCAGUGGAGAAGCUAGUGAAAGGACGUUUCCAGGACAACUUGGAUUUUAUUCAGUGGUUUAAGAAAUUCUAUGACGCUAAUUACGAUGGGAAGGAGUAUGAUCCUGUAGAGGCACGACAAGGGCAAGAUGCAAUUCCUCCUCCUGACCCUGGCGAACAGAUCUUCAACCUGCCAAAAAAGUCUCACCACGCAAACUCCCCCACAGCAGCUGGAAGGAUGGGGGUUUGUUCAGGAAGAGCUGCAAGAGAACCAGAUUUGGAAAGAAAUCGUGCAGCUAAAUCAAGUCCAGCAUCUAAACCGGGAUCCACACCUUCUCGUCCCUCAUCCGCCAAACGGGCUUCAUCCAGCAGCUCAGCAUCCAAAUCUGAUAAAGACUUAGAAACACAGGUCAUACAUCUUAAUGAACAGGUACAUUCAUUAAAACUUGCCCUUGAAGGUGUGGAAAAGGAAAGGGAUUUCUACUUUGGGAAGUUGAGAGAGAUUGAGCUACUCUGCCAAGAACAUGGGCAGGAAAAUGAUGACCUCGUGCAGCGACUAAUGGAAGUCCUCUAUGCUUCAGAAGAACACGAGGGCCACACGGAAGAGGCGGAAGCAGAGGAGCAAGCCCAUGAACAGCAGCCGCAGCAGCAGGAGGAGUACUGAGCCAUCGUGGCCGCUCUUGACACUUCCAUUAUACGUGGGAACUUUUGUUCUGGAAAAUUGGAACAUGUGUGGCCUCAAGCUCAACAGAAACCAGUUGUUCCCGGUCUGCCGUUACCAUCAAUGCACUGUCACUUAUGCCAGCCACCGCGCUCGGUUCCCAUUUCCUUUGCCAAGAUGCAGUAGCAGCCGGCAGUCCCGGCCACCUCCCUGAGAGAUCGUAGGUCACAUACCUUCAACUUCACCACUGGCUGCUUGAGAUUGGUUCUGCUCUUUUCUUCAUUUCUUUCCAGAACAACUCUUCCCCAUCCCAACACCACCACCACCCCCCUUUUUAUCCUGGUGUGAAGCAAUGGUAAUUUGAUAUAUGGUAUUUAUAUUGGCAUUUCUCAACCCAGUGUCACUAGUUGUCACAUGCAUUUGUGGUGCUUUGAUGUUUGCAAGUCUAACUUCUGAACAUAAAUUUGGUCAAAUAAUUGGAACAAAGGGAAGCAGAUACUUGAUAUGAAAGCCAUAAUGACAGUGACUUGUGUCAUGGGGAAAAACACAAGGUCGUUUCUCCCUCUACUCACAACACUAAAGGGACAAAAAAAAAUGGAUUCAAAACUAGGACUUCAGGGCCCAGCAGUGUCCAUACAUAAGCACGUUAGACACCCACACAGUAUGUUCUUAGUUUUGAAAGACAUUCACUCAAGGAAAACACCAUCUCAGCUUUGCCCUCCCACCCCCCUCCCCAGGUUCUCAUGCUAUUUUCUUUCUCAGGGUCCUCUUCGGUGGGCAUCCACCCUCCCCAAGAUGUUGUUAUCAGUUAUCUGCAGUCCAAAGGGGGUGUGGGUAGGUACAGGUCCUCCUGUCUCCUUCCUCUUCCUCCUUGUGUGGGUUUCAGCCCAGAUCCUGUCAUUCACGCUAGGGGACUCCUACUGAAGGAUAACUCCGGGGUGUGCAGCCCCAGGCUCCAGGGUUCUGCAUCAUGCUGCACACUUGCUAGAAAGCUGGACGUGAAGACCUUAUUAAUAAGGGCAUAAUUGCAAGAGAGAGUCAUGGUUCUGCGGUCUGGUGCUGACACUGGAGUAACAGCACAGAGUAAUCUAUGACUCCCAUUAUCUUCUGGAAUAAGGAAUUUCCCCUCUUAACUCAAGGGCCCUCCUUGUCAUUGACCUUUGCUAAACCGUGGCAAUUCGUAGAGAGGAAACAUUAAUGAAUUAAAAGCAUUCCUUAUUUUUUUAACUAAUAUUUGCACAUUUUCUUAGUCUCUUUCCAAAUCUUUGCCUCUUUUUAUUUUCCUUUGACAGAUGGUAUCGCCUCCUAGAUCAUUCAUGUCACUUGAUUUCUAACUUUACAUUUACUUUCACUUGUUAUUUGAGCAGAUGCAACAGAAACAAACAAAUGUGCCCACCCCACUUUCCGCUUAACUGAAAAGCUUAAAAUAAAUUUCUGAAUUACGUAUCAUAAAGCUUUGAAAUUUCUUUAUUAAUUGAUGAAAUCCUAAUUCUAAAUUCUAGCCGUGAAGCUUUUCACCAAAAGAAGUCUUUCUUCACCAAAAGAAGUCUUUCCCAAAUAAAUCUUUCACUGCAAAGUGGUAUUUAUUGAGUUAUAUGUGGAAAAAGAUGGCUUGUAUUUUUGAGAUUAUUACAACACACUGUGCAGAAUUGGA